AUGCUUGGCCUAAUUCUGAAGAACGCUCUCCAGAGAAGCAGGUAUCACAUUGCUGCCCGUUUGAACCGCCCACACGUAAGGGUCCCACAAUUUAGCAGCCAAAAUAACUCCCUCUUGGCUAUUGAAAAGGACCAGUUUUACGUCAACCCGUUAAGGAAACUAACCUGCAUAGGAUGUGGGGAGUUCCUCCAAACCACAGACGAAAGAAAAUCUGGGUUCGUCCCCUUUAGCGUGUAUGAAAAGUACAGUAAUGGGAGGAUAAAAUUCUACACCAAAGUGAAGGGGGAGGAAGUGGCUUCAGUUCCUGAUGGGGUGAAGGUCGAUGUGAAUAACUUCCCCAGUUUCCGCGUCAAGACGAAGAUUAUUCUGUGCAGGAGGUGCUACAGGCUGCAGCAUUAUAAAUGUGCAGACACGCAGUGCGAGGUGGACACGAAGAGGAUUGAAAAUAUUAUCAAGUGCAGGACGCAGCUGCAGGAGGGGGUGAAGCGUAGGGGGAAGAAGGGGGGUACCCAAAAAGGGGGACAAUCCACCACACAGACUGAACAGGAAGAACACGCCUCCCGGGGGAAGUCCCCCGAAGGUACACCCGUUGAAGGUACCCCCCCCGAAGGUACACCCGUUGAAGGUACCCCCCCCGAAGGUACACCCGUUGAAGGUACCCCCCCCGAAGGUACACCCGUUGAAGGUGCACCACCCCUUGAUGGCGAUUCCCCCGCCCAGAUGAGCAACCCAACGGAAGCCUCCAAUAUUAAAAAUGAAGCGACAAUUUUGUUGGAACACCUUUCGCGCGGGAGGAAGCAUCGGCGGGGUGUUUCACCACACAGGAGGGAGGCGCAAAAAGGAGAGGCGGCGGAAGGGGGGGGCCCAAAUGGCCGCUUCGCACCAAUUGAGGAGGAAAAAAGGGAAAGCAGCGUAACUGAUGACGCGGGAAGGGAGGUGGACUCCCAAAUGGAGGAUACAGAGGUGGCUUCUGGGCAAAGGCACUACCACGACCCGUCGUACCGCAUCGACCGGAGGAGCGUCAACAUCUACGAGAAAAGGGACAUCCUGAAAAAACGAAAUGACAUGAAAAGGCUGGACGCGGAAAAAAUGGAGGUGAGCACAGCCAAGUACGUGGAAGGAGACCGAAAUGAGGUCAUGAACAAUUUAAUAAAAAAAAUGAAAAGAAAAUCGCUAGUGUUGUACCUAAUCGAUAUAACAAAUAUUGAAAAUACAAUCCUCCCCGAGCUCUACAUAGGAUGUAAAAAUAAAGACAUUAACAUCAUAUGGCUAGUUAAUAAAGUAGACUGCCUACCGAAAAUGGCAAAUCUGGAGAGGGUAAAAAUCUGGUUCCGAAACUUAGUAAGGCAAAUAAAAAACGCACACAUAAAUGAUUUAAUAUUCAUUUCGGCUUUAAAGUUUUUCAAUUUUAAUGUGUUAGAGGAAAGAAUGAAGUUCCACGUGGAUUUAGAGAAAGGAACGGACAUAUACAUAGUCGGUUGUGUAAAUGUAGGCAAGUCAACUUUCGUAAAUUCUUUUUUAAAAUAUAUUAAUUAUAAACAUUUGGGAGACAUCUACAGUAGGAGAAAAAAAGGAGGUGUUACCACAUCGAACAUCCCAUAUACAACAUUAAAUUAUAACACUUUUCAAUUAAAAAAAAAUAUAAAAAUUAUUGACACCAUGGGGAUUCCAACCAAAUAUCAGUACUCCUCCAUUCUCUACAAGGAUAUCGAUUUGAACAGCAUCUCCUUCCACAAACGGAUUCAACCCCUCACUUAUAAGCUGAAGGAAAAUGCGUCCCUGAUACUGGGUAGUCUAUGCUAUAUAAAUUUGGUAUACGGCUCCUUCACUCUCCUAACCCUUUACAUCUCCAAUAGGGUUACCAUCCACAUGUGCAGAAGUGAAAAAGUGGAGUCUUUUUUGGAGAGAAAAAAAUGCUCCUUUUUGUACCCCCCUCAUGUGAAGGCCGAUUUUGAGCUUCUGAAGCCUUUCGUGAAACACACCGUCAAAGUGGUUGGGAAAGACUUCGAAAGCAUCGACGAUAUUGUCAUUGGAGACCUCUGCUGGUUCUCUGUCACUGGGCGCGGCAUUAAAGUCUUCGAGAUAUACGCCCCUAAAAAUUUGAAGAUAUACCGUAGGCCGUCCAUGAUUAGCGAUGCCGUUAGGCACACCCAGGUGGACGUGUUCAAAUGCAAGUCCUACCGGGGAAGGACCGCCAAGGUGCUCCGGAAAAAGAAGAAGCUCAUUGAGGAGCUCGAUCGGCAGAACCCCGGCCGCCGCCAGCAAAUGAAGGGCCUCACCCUGCAGGGGGAGCCAAGCGCUGUGCCGGGCGGAGCGGCGGUCUCCACGCCAGUCGCCCCCCUCGUUGGGGACCCGCGCGAGGUCGAAAGCAUCGCCCAUCAUUUGUAA